AGACACGACGCGUCCAACUGAAAUUCGAACGCGUCAUAAGAUUCGAAAAUCGAACGUUCGCGUGUUAUGGACAAUAUCCUUAUAAACAAGAUAGUGCUGUGGAUAUCGUACUUGGUGGUUGUUUAAAAAUUAAGCGAUUCGUUAUCGUUCACAUACGUAAGUUUUAAGUGAAGUGAUAGUGUUGUGUUGAUAUAAUUUUUACUCGACCCAGCAACUCGAGCCCUUUGGGAGCCGUUUGCACUAUGUAUAAUAAAAGACAACUUCAACGGAUCAGCUGGACAAUGGACUACGGCUCCUAACAUGAUCAAAACAACCAUGCAAUGAAAAUUAAUAUAGAAAAAGUUAUAGAUAAAUUAGGAAAUGUAUUCGCAGAGGUGAUAUACGAAGACAAUGGCCAUCAAUAAAUUGCCAUUACACAUCUGUAAUUCAAUAAAACAGUAUUCGUUGAUAAGAGUGAACGAUUUAUUAAAUAUUAUAUUAAAAAUUCAACAGAAGAGCGUAGUGAAUCGAAAAUGCAAAUUAGAAUCUCUGGAGAGAUUAACAUUAGUGGUACUAUUAGUGUUACUGCUAAGUGUGAAUUCGAGUGGAAACAGUUUUAGUGGUGGUAGGAAUUCCAUGCUAAGGACCAGAAUUAUAGGUACAAGAUACGGUAAAUUGCAAGGAGUAAUACUUCCUAUGGAUCAACAUAAAUAUUUGAAACCAGUAGAAGCAUAUUUAGGUGUUCCUUACGCAACGCCUCCUACAGGAUCUAAUAGGUUUGCCCCAACUCGGGCGCCAGCGCCGUGGGAUGAUGUGAAGACAGUCGACCAAAUGGGACCAGCCUGUCCGCAACGAUUACCCGACAUCUCGAACGAGACUGUCACUCUUGAAAGGAUGCCGAAAGGAAGACUUGAGUACUUGAGGCGGUUAUUGCCUAGAUUAAAAAAUCAAAGCGAAGACUGUCUAUACAUGAAUAUUUAUACACCAGUUCAAGUUGGUCCAACACUUCAAGCUAAAUACCCUGUGGUGAUAUUCAUCCACGGUGAAUCGUUCGAGUGGAAUUCGGGCAACGUGUACGACGGCGCCGUUCUGGCGAGCUAUGCGGGCCUUGUGGUCAUCACAAUCAACUAUCGUCUCGGAAUAUUGGGUUUUCUUAACGCAAAUCCCAUACCACAUAUGAAAGCGAGAGUAGCAAACUAUGGUUUAAUGGACCAAAUAGCAGCAUUACAUUGGGUUCAGCAGAAUAUUGCUUUAUUUGGUGGAGAUCCUGGCAAUGUGACAAUGCUUGGACAUGGUUCAGGAGCAGCUUGUAUUAACUUCUUAAUGAUCUCACCAACGGUUAUGCCCGGUCUUUUCCAUAGAGCAAUCUUAUUAUCAGGCUCAGCGUUGAGCUCAUGGGCACUCGUAGAAGAUCCCGUUAGUUAUUCCGUCCAACUAGCCAAGCAGUCCAAUUGCACUCUCCCUGAAGACGUUGUCAAAGAUCACGAGCUAAUUGUAGACUGCCUUAGAGAAGUUCCUCUUCAAGAACUAAUGUCAGCUGAAAUAAGUACACCAAGCUACCUCACAGCAUUUGGUCCGUCGGUUGAUGGUGUUGUAGUAAAGACUGACUAUGCGAAAGAACUGCUCACAUUCUUCAUACCGAACGACCUCCAAGGAUUUACCAGCGUAUCCGGUGUCAACAAUAUCAAGGCGGACAAAAGGAGCGGAGAUAGGAUUUUCGGGAUAAGGGGCGGGCAAAAUAAAUAUGAUCUACUAUUCGGAGUGGUAACGAGCGAAGCUCUCUGGAAAUUCUCGGCUCAAGACAUACAAAACGGAUUCGAGGGUGAGAGGCGGGAUAGAAUAAUAAGGACUUAUGUGAGAAAUGCUUACACAUAUCACUUGAGUGAAAUAUUCUUCACUAUUGUCAACGAAUACACAGAUUGGGAGCGGACAGUUCAGCAUCCAAUCAAUACUCGAGACGCGGCAGUGUUGGCGUUAUCAGAUGCACAGUACGUGGCGCCACUGGUGCAGACGGGAGAUUUUUUAAGUGUCAGUAAGAGUUCCGUAGGAACUGGUCCGAAUACAUUCUUCUAUGUCUUCGACUAUCAAACUAAAGACGGAGAUUAUCCUCAACGCAUGGGUUCAGUACAUGGAGAAGAACUGCCCUAUUUAUUUGGAGCACCAUUAGUAGAAGGACUCGGUCAUUUCCCCAAAAAUUAUACAAAAUCUGAAAUUGCAUUAUCUGAAGCGUUUAUACUUUACAUGGCUAAUUUUGUAAGAACUGGAAACCCUAAUGAAGCCCAAAAACAGGAAGCUGUACUGCCAAUAUCAAGAGAACGGAAUAAAUUUAAGAGCAUCUUCUGGGAUGAGUAUGACACGUUACAUCAAAAGUAUUUAGAAAUUGGGAUGAAGCCACGCAUGAAAAACCAUUACCGAGCCCACCAGCUGUCCGUGUGGCUUCGGCUAAUCCCGGAAAUCCAUCGGGCCGGGAUGAAGGACGUUGUCGCGAAACACAACCUAUUUCGCAACCACAAUGACCCGGAAUUGUACGACGGUUUAGUGCGCCCUGAUCCACUCACCCGUGCUAACUACUAUGAUCCAACAUUGGAGCUUUAUCGAAGACCUUACAACGUCAGUCUCGAUAUAGCAUCUACUACGAUAGAAACUUACGUAACCACUUGCAUCAGCGUCAUGUCACCCCGACCCGACUCACUUGUCACUCAAAGUCAGACCAACAAUUCUCACUCUCAAGACGUUUCCAAUUUAGAGGUCGCUGGUUACACGGCCUACUCGACAGCAUUGAGUGUCACAAUUGCUAUUGGAUGUUCCCUAUUAAUCUUGAAUGUUCUUAUAUUUGCCGGAGUAUAUUAUCAAAGAGAUAAAACCAGAUUGCAAGUAAAAGCAUUACAACAGCAGAAGAGAAAUCAUAACGCAACUUUUGAUAGCGUAUCCUCGAAACAUCCCCAUUAUUUUGUGGGACAUUCUCAAAGUUCCAGCACGAUUGUCGACAUCGAUCACCAAGAUAAGAACGCGAUAAUAGCUAUGACAAACCGUGUGCCACAUUUCACGAGCUCAAACUGUCCGAAUGUCUGUCACACGGGGAUCCAAAUGUCGAAUCUGAUGCAGAAAUCCAGUCCAACGAACAGAGGUCAGUGUACGACAUUACCGAGGAAAGUGGGAUUCAGUUAUCAGAAUCAGAUAUGCAAUGCGUCGAAUUGUAUGACGUUACCGAAGAAUGCUACGUUCGUGAGCAGUGGAAAUUUACCCGAUGUUCAGGCCCAGACGGGACAGUCGCAAACACCAGGGAACGGCUCGGUCCCUUCUUCUUCUCCGCCGUCUCAGCACUUCUCCCAGAAAUCGAGGGUCCCCCAAGCAGCGAUGUCAGAAAUGAACGUAUGAGAAAUGGAAGAUAUUUACAAUUAUGUGUAAAGUGAAUGUUGUGAUAUGGACGCAAAAUAAUAAGGUCACUGAACAAAACAUAGUUGUGAAUAUCGUAUAAAUCCUUGUAAAUAGAUGUAUUUAAUUUGAACCAUAACAUUAACAUUUUAAGGUUCAUAGGUGUAUUGAUUAUCGUGACGUCAUAAUGUGCGUAUAUUUAACUCUCCCGUUGUAAAUAUGGUCAUCUCCAUUAUAAAUGGAUUUACGAAGCUACGAAACAUUGUUGAUUUAAUUUUAAACUUCAUCGUUUAAAAAGUUCGUGACAUCAAUAUUAAAAAUCAAAUACUAAAAUGUUCUUGCCCUAGAUUAAAGUCAUUUUGAAUGACGUCAUUGUAUAUAGUUUAGGACCUAAAGACUGUAUUAUCGCAAAGUUACUGAUCCAAGUUUAAGUGUCAAAUUUUCUGUAUUUACCUUUGAGAAAUCUUGAUUCAUGUAAA